UACGGCAUCAGAGCCUCUCUCGUCCAUAGACGGAGAAUCCGUGCCUCCUCCUGUGAGAGAUGCUCAUAGUCUGCGAAGCCGCCACAGCCAUGUCGUCAAAGAAGGAAUGCGAUAACUUGAUAGACAGCCUGACUACUGUUCCUCUCCUUCACAAGCGCGUCAAGGAGUUGCUAGAUCACUCGCAGCAACCGUUAGAUGAUGCGAUCCUUUGCUCCCUAUCCAGAAUCAGGGCCGAAGUCGAGUUUCUUGACGAUACCAUUGCGCAACUUUUCAGUUGUCUCGGUGAGCAUGGCCGACUUUGAAGUUCUAGGCCGAUCUAUAUGUUCUAACCGGCACCAAUGUUCCCUUUAGGACCCGACACUGGCAAGCCGGGCACCGCGGAAGCAGACGUUCUGUCCGUCCGCUUGUCGCCUACUUCCUCUACCGUCACUGGCAGGGAAGAAGCGUCCGAUGUGCCUCUGAAUUCGACACUGACCGCAGAGAACAUCGCAAAUCUGACCCGAAAUGAUCGUGCCGCUGGAAGACAAUACCGAGCCGACCUGAUCCCAUCUUUUGAAGUACGGGGGAGCGCCGAGAAAUGCGGAUUGCCCGGUCCAUCGCAUGACAUCGUGGAGAUGCCUACGCGAUUCCUCGCAUUGACUCGGUCAACCCGUAACGUGUGUUUCGUUGAUUUAACAAAAGAACAUAGCUCCAGGUAUGGCCCCGACCUGGAUACCGCGUCUAUGGUAGACGUCAGUUCCGAUCGCAAUCCCGACUUCGCCACCGAGUCGAGACCCAACCGUAAGCCGUCUUCGAAGAGCAUCGUGAGAUUGAUUGAUCGAGCAGUCGAGCAUGCCCACGUCGGUUGGUUAUCGUGCCGAGACCAAGCUCAAUUCAGACAAAGGCUUGGUCAAUUUUGUCCAGGACGGUAUGUUGACGACGUUGUUUUCCUUGCCAUGCUUCAAUCAGUGUGUUGUACCUCUACACUUCAGAUCAUAGACCCAUUGCUUGUGAGAUUCACAGAGCCGUUCUUAACCUCGGGCGCUUUCGUGUUCGCCAAGGGGUUUGACGGGAUCGUACUGCCAAUCAACGUCAAUGCAGCAGAUCAGAUGUCAGAUCACGACAGAAAUCAUUGGAUUCUUGCAAUUGUCAACUGGAAAGCGGCGACAUUUGACGCCUUUGGAAUGCAGCCAACUGCCUUUUCUCGAUGGAGCAAAAGGGUCGAUGAAUACGUCUCAGAACUUCGCGGCGUAGUGAUGCGACUCGAGAAGAGAUCUCACAAACUGGGACCGUAUGUAGAUGACUCAUGCUGCGCUUUCCUCUGCACUUACGCUUUUGAGCGCUACCUGGGCAAGGCACCUCGACAUCAAAAACGAUGGCCCACGGGUCCCGCGUUGCGAGAACACUACUUGCGCAGACUUCUUAACCAUUGGCAGCUGCCCGCCGGUCAUCCUACGAAAGGGUCGCAGCAUUCGGCUUCUGGUAACGGACCAAGGCUUGGACGAGCGCCUCUCUGUUGACAGAGCCAAAGUAGUGGGGGGGCGCUCUAUCAGAGGGAGACGCCGCGACACAGUCACGUUGAGAAAUCCCCCGAACCCAGCGAUCGUAAUCUACGUCAG